UCAAAUUCGCGGCCACAAAAGUCCUUAAAUACCCCCUCUUCACCUUCGCAAACACAGUUUUACUUGGAACAUUUUCGGAAACAGCGAGUUGUGUUUUGCAAACCAGAAACCUUUCAGAAAGGGACUAUUUUUAAACUUAAACAAUUAAGCAAACAUUUUUUCUUGUCGACACUUUGCAUUAAACCUUUAAAGAAAUGUCACACGAAACAUUUAAUAAUUCACAGUCUGACAGAGAGAUUCGAGAGGAAUCACAAAGACUGUAUGGGUUGAUGGAGAGAGAAAUACCUGACCCUAUGGAGCUUCAAAUGAAAAUACAAGAACUCCAGUUGGAGUUGAGCACCCUAAAGUGCAAAAAGAAUUAUUAUAAAGAUCAUUUCCAUCAGUCAAGAGAUAAGCUUAAAAACAUGAAGGCUCAGUUGUCUCAGAUUGAAAGUGAGAGAAACGAGCAAAAGAAAGAGAACACAGAUCUCAAGGACUCUUUAGAGAGACUUGAGCAGCAAGUGGGAGAAGCUCACCAUAAAACAAUAAAAAAAGAAGAGAUAAUAGAAAAACAACAUAGGGAAAUAUUUCAGAAGACAGAACUCACAGUUGAGCUGAAAAGAGAAAUUUGUACUCUUCAGCAUCGGGUGAGACAGGCACUGCAUGAAAAGCAGUCACAGGUGGAAUCUCUGGAGGCUAAAAUGCAGGAGCAGGUAAGCACAAUUCAGAGGAUGCACCAUGACUUUCAAGAGAAAGAAGAAUAUCUCCUUAAAGAGAACAGCAGCAUUGCUGCUGAGAUAAAAAAAUUAAAAACAGAGAACACAAAUCUCAAGAAACAUUUAGAAAAUCUUGAGUAUCAAGAAAAGACAACAGAAAGUCUGACACUACAAAUAUUUCUGCUGGAAGAAAAAGUCAAAAAGCAGAAUUUCAAACUUGUUCAUAAACAAGAUCUCAUAGAUGAACUUUAUGAACAUCUUAACACGAAAAGAGAAAUAAUUAAUAAUCUUAAGGAUGAGCUGACAAGGGAGGAGGAAGAAAAAGUAUUAGCUGCUGUUCACAACAUCACUGGUGAACCUCUGCAGCAGGAGAGUCUUGCUCAUGAACUUGAGGGGCUUGUUUCUCCUGUCUCAGAACCACCUCCUGAUGUGGUCCCGACACAGGACAAUCUUGGUCUUGAACCUGAGGAGCUUGUUUCUCCAGUCUCAGAACCAUCUCCUGAUGUGGUCCCGACACAGGACAAUCUUGGUCUUGAACCUGAAGAGCUUGAUUCUCCUGUCUCAGAACCAUCUCCUGACGUGGUUCCGACUAGUAGUGGUUCAUGGCGUCAUGGUGCCAAACGCCUACUUAAAAUAGGUUUAGGUGUUGCCGCAGUAGGCCUUAUUAUACCUGCAGCUUACUGGGGAUUUUCAAUGCUUAGCAGUGAUUGCCUAUUUCACUCUGUCUAUAGCCUCCUUGAGCCAUAUUGCUACCUUAGUGAUGGAUUAGUUCCCUUUUAAAGACUAAUAAUGAUGGACUGCUUUUCAUCCACAGUCCAGAAAACCAUACGUUGUUCAUGUUAGACAACAUGAGCAACAUUUAGCUAACUCGUGCUCUCAUUUUUCUUUUCUUUUGCCUCUCACCCCCAACCAGUCGUGACAGAUGGCUGCCCCUUCCUGAGCCUGGUUCUGUCAAAGGUUUCUUCCUGUUAAAAGGGAGUUUUUCCUUUCCACCGUGCCUAGUGCUUGCUCACAGGGGAUCAUUUGAUUGUUGAGGUUUAAUUUGCUUGAACUAAAAAAGUUCAACAUUCUGGUGAGGGGUUCACAUAGUAGGGAGCACUACAAAAGCUACAAAUCUUUUAAAAAGAUUUGUUAGCUGCAAAUAAAAAUAAAGAAAACAAUUUUUGAAAAACAUCUCUUACGUCUCUGUUUAUUUGCUUAAAUGAACACUUGUAUUUUUUGUCAUAGAAGAAUAUACAUUGUCUUAAGUAAGUUUAAUAAUUUUAAAUUUAGCCCUGUCACGGUUCUGGGUCAGUUUGACCCAGUACUUUGAGUUGUUAUGUUUUGG